CAGACAACACACUCCGCUCCCACCCCCCUCCCCCCUUGUGACUCCUCUCGACACCCAUCUGCUCCACUUCCCCCGGUCUUCCUCCCCUCCCCCACCGCCCACCUCCCUUCCCCCGACCUGUUCCUCCGGGCCCCGCCCGCCUCCCUGACGAUUUGGCAAUGAACGGCCAGCGCCCCGCCCCGUUGCCCGAUAUCAAGGACGUGUUCAAGAGCGCUCGCAAGGCCUUUGACCGUGGCCAACUGGAUGAUGCCGUGUCUGGGUGCAAUGCGAUCCUCAAGCGGAACAGGCGCUUCUUGCCUGCUCUGAUCCUGCUCAGUCGCGUGCAAGUGGACCAGGGCAAGCUGGAGGAUGCCAUCCUCACCCUCACGCGCGCCGGCGCCUUGUACCCGCACGACUCCGGUCUCUGCCGAGCCAAGAUCAAGGUGCUGCGAUCCAUCCACGAGAAUGAGCUCCCCCAGGUCCCGGAGCAUCAGCGUGGUCGCGGGCAGCCCUUCGAUGUGAAGGCUCGACGGCGCCUCUUCAAGCCCAUGCGGGACCUGCGCAACAACCUGAUCCGGAGCAACACCCUCGACCAGGCCGUCGAGGUGGCCAUCAGCCUGCGCAAUACCAUCCUCUCCCUGGAUGACAAUGCCCCGGCCGACGCCCCCGUCGAGCGGCUCUCCGUGCUGAUGCAGGCCUCGGCCAUCCGAUGCCUGGGGGAGCUCCGCGCGACGGCCCUCUUCCCCGAGGUGGCAGCCCACCCGAUCCUCGGCGACGCGGCCAUCCGCGACGAUCUCCUGGCCGUGCAGCUGAUGUCCAUGCCCACGCAGAACUUCGUCGUCACCAUGGUCCCGGCGCAGAUGCUCCCCGUGACGAUCGGCCACCUGGAGGCCCUGGCCCAGACCGGCGCCAUGGAGCUGGUGCUGGAGACCAUGGCCGCCGAGCCGGGAUCCGCCAACGACACCCCGGCCGGCCGGGCCAACAUCCAAGCCUUCAUGGCGCUCCUGUCGACGCAUGUCUUCUUCGCCAUCCUCCUGCCCCAGGAGCACCCGCUCUAUGACUUCCAGCUCCGGCUCCUGGCCCUGCUCAACGAGGCCAGCCGGGCCCCGGCCUCGUUGGACAUGCAGCCGCUGGUCCUCCACUGGAAGCUGACCCUGGCCCUCAUGUCAACCCCCCUCAGCCAGACCGGAUCAUUGCUGCCGCUGGUUCACAUGGCCCAGCGCCGGCUGGCCGAAGCCCCGGCCGGGGCCGUCCGCAACCGCAAGCACCUGACCGACAGCCUGGCCGCCCUGGAGGCCACCAUGGUCUUCCUGGAGACCGGCGACAGCAAGCCCCUGGCCGAGCUCACCUACGAGGGCCACCUGCACGAGUCGAUCCCGGCCGAAAGGCGCUUCCUCGGCAGCCACUUUGCCCUGGUGCUGCGGCUGCUGGCCAUCGUCACCGCCUCCCGGGCCCGGCAGCAGAUCAAGCUGCCGGAGCUGAUCCCCGACCGCGUCGAGCGGUCGAACUGCCUGCGGGCCCUGGCCGACCUGGCGGCCGGCUCCCUGGCCGAGGCCACCGGCCAGCUGGCCGACAACCCCCUGCUGGACCUGUUCACCGAGCUGGCAUGCUCCUCCAUUCACACGGACAUCGCGACCUUCUACAACCAGUACCUGGCCCUGGGCGAGUGGGCCGAGACCUCGGACGACUGCCUGCCCGCGGUCGAGGGCCGGACCCUGGCCAGCAUGCAGAAGGAGCUCCGGUCCACCUACCUGGCCUUCCUGGCCGAGGUGCCGGACUCCUUCACCGAGCUCCGGCGCACGCUCUUCCGCACGGAAACCCUGCCCGAGGCCCGGCCCACCGACGACAUGGCCCGGCUGCUGUACCUCUUUGCCUGCUGCCUGCGCAUCAUUUCCCUCAACCGCUUCGCCUAUGUGGUGCUGGAGCGCCUGGUCCAGUGGUACCCCGACCGGCUGGACUACCUGCUGGACUUGGCCUCGGCCAGCCGGUGCAUCGGCCGCCUGGACCGGAGCAUGGCCGUGGCCGAUGCGGCCAUGCGCCUGCACGCCGCCCAGGCCGACACGGCCGACCCGGCCGCCCCCGCCGCCUCGGUCGACCAGCUGGCCCGGCUGGCGUCGGUGGUGGCUCUGGCCCACCUGGCCGGGCGCCCGUGCACCCCGGCCGACAAGGCCACCAUCAUCGGGCCGGUGCUGCUGGCCCUGCGCAGUGCCCCGGCCCAUGGCCAUGGCUCGCUGAUGGCCAUCCUGGCCCGGUGGUACUGGCAGGUGGAGGCCGACCGCGAGCGGGCCGUCCGCUGUCUUUCCAAGGCCGUGGAGCUCGGUGCCCCCGGCAAUGGCACCACCUCGCAGUUGCUCUUCUUCCUGUCCGAGCCGGGCCUGCAGCCGGCCGAGGCGGUGGUCCUGCUGGAGCAAUUCGCCCGUGCCCAUGCCAGCUGGGUGUGGCUGCCGCUGGCGCGAUACCGGCUGAAGGAUGGCGACCGCGAUGCCCUGCCCCAGGCCCUGAUGUAUCUGGAGCAUGCCCUGCGCGCGCUGCCCGACCGCGACCCCGGCACCAUGACCACCGUCCAGCUGCUGGACGCGGCCUCGGUGUGGCUGAACAUCGGCGAGCUCCACCGGCGCAUGGGCCGGCAUUCGUCCGGCCUCCGGUCGCUGGAGUCCUGCGCCAAGUUGCUGGAGUCCCUGUCGCUGCGCAUCGCCGAUGCCAGCACCGCCCCCGGCACCACCGCCGCCGUCGCCGCCGCCGCCGCCGCCAUGGACGACCGCCUGACCUGGUGGCUGCCCCAGCCCUCGGCCGCCGAGCUGGCCUCCAAGGUCCUCGGCUUGCGCAUCGGCGUGGCCCUCUCCCAGGCGGCUUCCCUGCGGGAGGCCUUCCAGCCGACCGAGGCCCUGGCGGCCCUGCACUCCGUCCUGCCGGAUGGCCUGCGCCAGCGGGUGGCCGCCGGGCCGCAUGCCUACCUGCCGGCCGCGGCCCUGGCCCGGGACUUUGGCCGCGGCUUUGCCACCGUCUGGCUGGCCUCCCGGGCGGAGAGCCUGCUGGUCCUGGCGCGCGAUCUGCUGGCCAGCGGCCGGUGCAAUGUCACCGCUCGGUCCUGCCUCGGGCCGGCCCUCUACUCGGCCAUCGCGGCCCUGGAGUUGGACCUGCACCGCGGGUCGGCCGCCGGGGAGCACCCCCCGGCCGCCCGGGCCACCGGUGCCCUUCCCCUGUGGAAGUUGGCCGCCGACAUUUGCGAGGUCUUCCGGUCGCCGGGGCUGGCCGGCCUGCCGCCGGCCACCCUCGGCCAGGACACCCAUGCCGGGGCCUUCCUCUCCACCGGCCCGGCGGAUGUCCCCACCGCCGACCAGCCGGAGCCCUGCCUGCUGACCGCGGAGCUGGCCCACUUCCACCGGCUGGCCCAAUUGUCGGCCAUGCAUGCCGGCAUUUGUCGCUGGGACCCGGGCCUGGAUGAGGCGCUGCUGUCGGCCUCAUCGCGGGCGGCCGCCCUGGCGGCCGAGGCCCCGGCCGCGGCCGCCUACGCCGGGGCCGUCUUCGGGGCCUAUGCCGGGGUCCUGUGUCGCCGGGCCCAGCUGGCCACCAGCCCCACCGCGCCGGAGGCCUGCGCGGCCCUGCAUGACUUGGCGUCCGACCUGUUCGGCCUGUCGCGCAUGCAGCUGGCCGAGCUGGGCCUGGCCGGCGAUGUGACCCCCACCGCCGGGGCCGGGGGGGUGGCCGUGGUCGACCGGUGCCUGGCCACGGCCGGGGCUCUGCUGGAGCGGGCCCUGGCCGGGGCCAUGCCCACUGGCCUGGCUCCCGAGCAGACCACCGAGUAUCGCACUCUCCUGGGGCUGGGGCUCGUGCGGCUGGUGGCCCAGCUCUGGCUCACCACCGGCGUGGUGAAGGCCGCGCAAUAUGCCCGGCUCCCGGCCGGGGCGCCGUCUUCCCCGGCGCCGCUGCACCUGGCCCAGGCCCAGGCGGCCUUCGGCCAGGCGCAGGCCCUCUUCGGCGAGGCCGGCGAUGUCACCGGCCAGGCCCAUGCCAGUGCCUACCUCGGUGCGCUGUACCUGCUGGUGGCCGUGCGGGCGGUCGGCCCGGCGGGCGGGCUGACGCUCGCCAGCCCGCCGGUGGCCCGGCUGCUGGCCCUGGCCACGGAGGCGCUGCAACACUCGCGCGUGCUCAACCACUCGAACCCCCUCUGCUGGGCCGGGCUCGGGUACCUGGCCACCCUGGCCCCGGGGACCAUCGACAUCGACCCGGUGUCGGCCCUGCUCCAGGCGUGCAUCCUCUCGGAGCACCGGUUCCCGGACGCGGCCCGCCUGCUGGGCGGGCUGGUCCUGCGCCGGAUCCAGGGGCACUUCGCCCGGGAUGCCAGCAUGGCCGACCCCGACCCGCGGUACCGGCCGAACCUGGCCCGGGCCCUGCCCGGCAGCCUGCUGACGGCCACCCUGCAUGCCCUGCAGCGGGCCCUGGCCGCGGCGCCGGUGCCCCUGCCGGCCGCCGCCUCGGCCCCGGCCGCCGCCGUGCACUUUUCCUUCGCCCUGCUGGGCCUGGUGUCCGGCUGCCUCAAUGAGUGGCGCGGCUUGCUGGAGGCCGCGGCCACCGGGUACCACCGGGCCGCCGGGGCGCUGGCCCUGGUCGGCCCGGCCCCCGGCCAGGCCCUUGCCGCCACCGUGGCCGCCACCCACCUGCGCCUCUUCGCCGACAUGGGCCGCAUCAUGCUCCUGCUGGGGGAUGCCCCGGGCGCGGCCGAGCACUAUCGGCUGGCUCUCUUCGGCGCGGCCGGCGUCGCGCCGGACCCGGCCGCCCCGCUCCAGCCUCCGGCCCCGGAGCUCCUGCGCAUCGACCACAUUGGCUGGCUGACCGGCCUCGGGCUGGCCUACUUCCGCCAGGGCCUGCUGGCCGAGUCGCUGCAGGCCUUCACCUCGGCCCACGCGCUGGCCCAGCUGCCUGCCAUCCUGGCAUCCCACCCGAACGAGGCCUUCAUCCAGAGCUCCGACGCCAUGAUCGCCCUGUCCAUGGUCAUGUAUGCCAUGAACCCGGCGGCCCCGACGGCCCCGCUGGACAAUCUGUCUCUCAUCGAGCAGGCCCUGGCCGCCAGCCGCCAGGGCCAGAUGGCCGACGACCAGCGCGUGGCCCUGCUGGCCGUGUGGCACCUGGCCCGGCUGACCCUGACAGCCAUGCUCUUCGAAACCGGCGACAUCGGCGGCGCGCGGGCCCACCUGGAUGCCCUGAUCGCCGAGGCCCCGGGCGGCGACCAGCACCCCCCCUCCGGCCUGCUGUACCAGGUCCACCUGCAGAUCCUGCGCGCGGCCGGGCCCGACGAGGUCGAGGCCUUCCUCCGGCGGGAGGCCUCCGGCCAGCUGGUCCCCCUGCGGUCGUCGCUGGAUUUGGCGGCCCUCCUGUCGCACGAGGGCCGCACCCCGGCCAAGCCCCUGCGCACCGUGGUCGACAUCCUCCGGGACACGUACCAGCCCCCGGCCAGCGUGCUGCACCAGUUCAGCGUCAGCGCGUCGGAACAGUCGUCCGAGCUGAGCGCCACCGGGUCCGGCCCCGGGGCCUCGGCCUCGUCCAUCUCCCUGGCCCUGCCCUCCUCCUCGCGGCUGCACCUGGCCGGUGGCGGGGGCUCCGACUCCGCCACAUCGGACGGCCGCCACCCCGACACCGACCUCGACGCCUCCUCGGACUCCGACACCAAGCUCACCCCCCGGCGCAAGAAGAACCUCACCACCAUCGUCGGCCACCAGCAGGCCACGCUCAUGCGUCUGUCCCGCGAGCAGCACCUCCCCCUGGCCGCCGGGGACUUCCUGCGCAUUGGCCGCCUGCUGGCCCGGCACGCGCUGGGGGUGGCCUCCGCCGGCGCCCCGGCGCCCACCGGGGCCACCCUUGCCGACGUGUCGGCCAGCAUCGAUGCCGCCUCGCACCUGCUCAAGGCCAGCCUCCGCCUCGCCCCGAGCAACACCCUCACCUGGGCGUCGCUUGUGGUGGCUGAGGACGCCCGCGUGCGGGUGGCCUUCGUGGUGGCCAAGGACGCCGCCGCCCUGGAGGACCUGGCCUCGGCCAAUGCCCAGCUGAUUUCCCUGGCCACCACGGUCAUCGGACGGCUGUCCACCGACGCCGAGCUCCCGGCCGACGAGGUCCUCGCCCUGCGCUGCCACUGCCAGCUGGUCUUGACCGAGGCGUACAUCCGCAGCUUCUCCCUGGCCCCGAGCGGCACGAUCGCCGAGGACACCAUCCGCGCCGUGGAGGUGGACCUGGCCGAGCAGCUCUUGACCCUGGCUGCCGGCCUCGCGGAUGCCACCCAGCGCCUGGCCGUUGUCCUGGCCGCGCGGACCGGCGUGGCCCGGCUCCAGGCGGCCCGCGGCGACACCGAAGCCGCCCGAGGCACCCUGCACGCCCUGCUGGUCGAGCACGGGCAGCUGCCGGGCGCCGCCGACGCCUGGCUCUUCCUGGUGGAGAUCUACCGGCAGCUGGGCAUGAUCUCGGCCGCCGAGGCGGUGGCCAACCUGUGGAAGGACCUCCAGCCUCGGCAGCAGCAGCAGCAGGACCCGGUGGCCAAUGCGGCUCUGGUCCGCCUGGCCGCCCUCGACGGCAUCCGCCUGAAGAGCAUCCGCUCCAUGAAACUCCCCGGCCCGCUGGCGGCGCUCCUUCGCCGGAAGCCGACCCCCCAGGACGCGGCCCCGGCCAAUCAGUAGCCUAUCCGGGCGGCGGCGGCGCCUCCCUGCUGUUUCGCUGUGCUCCGGUGGCUGCGCCGUGCGCCUAUCCACAGGCGCCCGAAGGCGCACAGCACCCAAUACACAUGCUCCCUCCUCGGGGGCAACAGCAACAGCAACAGCAA